AAUUAAAAUGAAUUUUUUAGUUUCUUUUUUUAUUUACUCUCAAAAAUUUUCAAGAACUAUUACUACGGGACGUAUUUUCUAGGCGCCAUCAUUUUCGCGUCAAUAUGAAAUUUUUUCUUUUGGCGCAAUUUCCCAAAUUCAACCCGACAUUUCUCUCGGAAGAUUCAUAUAUUCCGUACACCACACACCCAAAUCGCCGUCCUCAGCCGAAUCACCUAUGGCGGAUUUCGAAGCUCCAUCGUUCUCUCUAGGGCUCGAUUUAGAGCUCGAUUCGCAGCCGAAUCUCACGGCGGCGCCCGAAUUUCAACCCGCUCAGAACCUCCGGACUAUCGCCGAGGAGGAGGAUGGCGACGAUUUCGAUUCCCUGGUUCCGGGUCCGGAUGUAAAAUGCUCGGACCCACCGUUGCCUCUGAAGCGCCUCGUGCGCGGGUCCGCCGCCUGCAAAUCAACUUCGGCGGCCCGAAGUCGGAGUGUCAAGGAGGGGACGUUGUGUGAGUUGGAGGACGACGAGAUUGAAGAUUUCUCUUCUCAGGAAGAUCCGCCAGAAGAUUCAGAUGAUCCAUCCACAACUGAGCAUUUGAAGAAAGGUGUAGAAGUAAAGGCAGCUGCUGAAAAAUGUGCUCUUUCAAGUAAACAGAUGAGGGAUGAAACAUCGCAUGUGACUUUCCAGUCCGAAGAUCUGUGGAAGGGAUUUUUGACAGAUGAAAAGUUUCAUAUCUCUACCCCUGCUUUAGAUGAGGUUUGUGAAGAAUAUUUUAGAUCUCUGACGGAUAGGAAUGCUGCCGUUCAGAAUGCAAAUGAAGAUGAUCACCGAAAGAGCAGUCUCACUGAGAACUGCAACAUGCAACAAAGGCAUAAUAGUUCUCUUGUACCUGCUCAUAGCUAUUUUUUCCAUAAGGAAUUGAGGAUCCAACAGCUAGUUCGUGACCGUUUGCCACACUUCUUCCCAUUGGGUGCCAAGAGUGGCCAAGGGGUCAAACAAAAUGAUGGAUCAAUCAAUUACAUAGGGCAAUUUGCUCCGAGGGGAGGCCCUGAGAGUCGAACCAACAAGGUUGCAGCCGAAGCGAUCUCAACAAAGAGAAGAAAGAAAGAUAGUCCCAAGGAGGCUUCUGAAGCGUCCAUCAGUUGGGUGAACCCCAAAGAUUCUGCUGGGGUUGCAAAGGAUGCUGGAAAGAGAAGAGUGCAUGCAGUUGGUAAUUCAGCUGGGCAUUGGCUCACAGCUUCAGAUGGGAAAAGAGUUUAUGUCACCAGAAAUGGGGAAGAGCUGACUGGUCGGAAUGCUUACAUACUUUAUAGAAAGGAGAGCGGGUCGGGAUUUAACAAGUCAAAAAGCAAUGCCACUGGUAAUAAGAAAUCGUUCGCCAAGCGCAAGAAGAGAUGACACUCCUUACUUGGUCCAGCCUAAUGCUCUUGGAAAUUUCAGAUACCGACCAGUUUUGUGUUUACAUCAGCCUUGUAUAUAUCUUGUUCCUAGCAAUUUGGAUAUUUUUACAGAGUUUGGAUCAAUAACAUUAGAGUAUAGCACUUUUCCUUUAUUUAGUUAUUUCAUAUAAAAUCUGUUGAGUUUA